AUGGCGUGUACCUUCUCACUUUUGGUCGGUGGAGAAUGCGGGGCUGAUCCAAAGUCAAAGACUGCGUCGCGUAAAAUCGUACCCUUGGUAUCAUGCUCAAAGAAUAUAUCGAGCCACAAAAAACAGCUUCAAUUCAGUGGCUGCGAAACGGAAAUUGAGCUUAUUCUAGCCCGCAGUGGUUGUUUCCAAACGCCAGAAAAUAUCCACGACAUGACUAUCUGUCCGCUGCACCGCGUUAGUUUGGGUAUUGGGUGGCGAAGGUCUAAGCGGGUAUGCAGUGUUCCAGGCAAACUCUCUGGACACAGUGAAGAAUCCAAGAAAAAUGGCGAGCGGGGUUGUAGCUUGGCUCAGUCGAAGUACAUAUUGGAAGCCACUGGUGAAUUCAUUCCAGUUGGUUCAGGUAAAUAUAAUCCUUCUUCUUUUGUAAUACUUGCGGGAGUAAAACAUUUGUUUAUAACGUAUGACGUCAUAUAACACAUCAAACAUAUCUCUGCCGUCGUUAAGAUGGUGAGUCAGUUCAGUUAGCUGGGCUGGCCCGUUUUAUUGGAAUGGUUCGACUAAUACCUUGAUUCCCUUUAAAAUUUCCGUUUUGUUAAUAUAUGAAGCCGGACUGACCAACUUGCAGAAAUCUCUCCUCAGGCAACCAGUAUCUCGUCAGCCUGGUCUCUCAUAUAAACAUAGCAAAAAUUUUAUAAGGACACAGGGUAUAAGCCGAGCCAGCCGGAUAAAGCAGGCAAGCUGGGCUAAUCGGGCUGGCUCACUUCACAUAAACAGGCCUUUAACCCUAUGUUAAUACUAUGCAAGAUAUCUUUGUUCCGGCAAGAAAACCAAACCCGGGAUAGGGCUUUUGUUCACACUCAAGAACUGUGACUUCGGCGCCAUUUCUGGAAAGGAGCCAAGCUGCGCCUUACCGAUUUCGAAGGGUAACCUAGCAUAUAGUCUACGUAGCUGGCGGUUUUUUGAUGUGUGUUUUUUUUUCUUCUUUUGUGGUUUGCAAAGUAAAAAUUACAGCCGAGCGAUACCCUGAACCAAGGUCGAAAAAGAAAACGAUGAGAGUGGGGCGUGUGUAAAAAUGAUAAAUGGCACAGCAAGAAAUCAGAAAUGCAAGUGCGGGUGAGAAAAUAUAAAAAUAGUGGGUUAACAUUUUUGUAAUUAUAUUUUUUUAGCGAUUUGUACUCAGUGUCGAAAGAACCUUACGAAACAAGCACAUACCCCUGAAAGCAGUCUGCCACAAUCAGAUUUUGACGAACUUACAGAGCAUCUAGGUGAGCUUACUCUGGUAAGUAUGACAUUCUAUGAUUUACGUCUACAAACUACAAAGAUCUUUCCUUGUAAUAUUAGAAACCGUACGCAGCUAGUUUGAAUCCAAUUUUGAGUACGUUCAAACUGUUUUAUGUUUGUACUGACAACAAGAAGAAGAAGAAGUAUUUUGGGGUCUUACUUCAGACUUUUUAAUUUUUUUUUUAAUUUUGUGAAAUUUUAGGCAGAAACUGCAGCAGCCCAAGUAAUUCAUGUUGAUGAAAGAAGAGAGAGUAUAUUCAUCCCAGAAUCGGAUUUGGAAGGUUCUGAUUUUGAGAACACACCGCAUAGAAGCCAAGUAGACACGGCAAAAGAGCCUUUAAAAAAGUUAAACGAUUUUUUAGCCUCUCGUGAUGUUAGCCCUGUUCGACAUAAGUUGUCCGUUCCAUGGGAAAGUGCUAACGAGCGCACAAAGAGAAGGUACAGCCGUAAAGCAAAACAAAGUGUUCAAGAGGUUCUUGAAGUAAUUGCUCCAGGACAAAGUGAUAAAUUAUUGACCACAUUAGGUGAAAGCUUACCAUCUGAGAGAACACAAGCCGAAGAAGAAAUUUUACAAGCCUUAGCAGAAAGCUAUUUAAACGCAACUCACUGGAGCACGAGAAGACAAAUUUUGUCCAUCUUGGCAGAUAAACUAUCGCUUAAGGAACUGACGCAUUACAUUCCCGGGGUGACGCCUUACAGAUUUAACAUCGCGCGGCAUCAUAGACUGUUACAUGGUAGAGGUGCGAUCGUACCUACUGAUAUCACUAGGCGUAUGAAGGUUGAUUUCGCCAAAGUUGAUCAUUUUCUCGACUUUAUUACAAGUUCUCAUAUUGUACAAGACAUGCCAUUUGGAGAAAAGAUGCUGAAACUUUCAACAGGGGAGGUGAUUAAAACACCUAAUGUCGUACGGAUGCUAAUACCAGAACGGAUAACACAACAGUAUUUUCAGUUUUGUACCGAGACCAAUUUCACUCCGAUGAGCAAGCGCACACAACUCCGAGUACUAGACGUUUGCUCUGCGUCAGUGCGCACCUCUCUGCAGGGCUUGGAUAACUUCUCUGCACAAGGCAGUAAGGCAAUAGAAGAUCUUAGCGAGAUAGUAGACAAGAUAGCAGAUCAAGCAAAGUCACAAGCCUGGGCCAAGGAAAUGAAACAAACACUUCGGUCUGCCAAACAAUAUCUGCGGUCUGAUUACAAGGUAAGGCUAUCUUAAUAUUUGGUUAUUCUUUUAGUAGAUUGUUAACUUUGUACUUUGGCUGGAUUGAUGCUAAAUUUAAGCGAAUUGGUCAUAAACAUGAAAGUCAACUUUCUCUGGCUGCAUUGUACUAACUAGUAUUGAGGCUAACCCUCGAAACAUUGAUUAAGCGGAAGCUAUCUUCAAUUUGCGCCCUUUAAGCGGUUCGGACAAGCUUUAAUAAGUUUCAAACUUCUUUUACUACUUUUAAAAGAUUUUACGCUAAAGUAGCUGAUAUUAAUAACGAAAAAUCAUAGUAAAAAUUAUGAUGAUAGUGAUAACUAUGAUGAUGACGACGAUAGUAAUCUUUCACAUUUUAGAUGCACGUUACAAUGGAAUCAGAAGUUGCCGAUCACUGUUUAACGUUUUCCCUAAGUGAUCCUAAAAAUAGUUGUUUUCAAGGAAAGUGUAACCAUAACCACGAUGAGGUCUGCUACGAAUGCAAUAAAUUAACCGGGGUGCUGUCUACCAUAAAAGAAGCGUGCGCAGAACUUCAGUCUGAAGAAGAAAGAGAUGACAGUAUCUGUUUAGUGGCUCAAGCUGAAAAGGACAUUUUGGCAUGGAAAGCUCACCAACUCCGAACAGUUAACCAGGAUCAAGCAAAACAUGACGUGUUAGAUGUCAUAUUUCGGAGUUCAGCAUUAUUAGUUAUGGACUGGGCGAUGAAAUUCUUACCGCGAAAGUUUCGCUAAUCACAGUGUGACCGGUUCGCCAAACAAGGUAUUCCAUGGCACAUCACAGUGGCUUUUACAAGAUCAGAAGCAAAUGCCCCGCUUGAGAAGCUCACUUUUGUCCACCUGUUUCAGAGUUGCCCUCAGGAUAGCGUUGCAGUAACCGCCAUUUUACAAGAUGUUAUCGAAAUGUUAAAGGAGCGUCGGCCACAACUGCAAAAAGUGUAUUGCAAACAGGACAACUCAGGAUGUUAUCAUUGUGGGUUAACAAAUGCAGGAAGCAGGUUGAACAGUCUUUCUGAUAUCAAGGUGGAGAGAUAUCAAUCUGGGCGUGGCCCAACCGUUUUUGACCCCUAAAAGAGACCAUUUUAAACUUUGAUUACGUGAAUGGAGUAAAUAAAAUGAGUUGAAAAAUAUAGAUAUUUUUAUAUUUCAGAUCCACAAGGGAGCAAGGGAAAAGCCGACCGCCAGGCCGCAACAAUUAAAGGACAUAUCAAUGUGUACUUAAACGAGGGGCACGAUGUGAACAACGCUGCACAGAUGAAAGAAGCCAUUGAAUCAAAUGGCGGUAUUCCUGGCGUUAUUGUGAAGUAUGUGAAGCCUCCCGAACUAUCUGCUGGCAAAAACGUGAUCAAAUGGGACGGAAUUAGUACGCUUAAUAACUUCCAGUUUUGUCCAAAUGGUAUCACAACAUGGAAGGCUUAUAACAUCGGGCCCGGAAAGCUGGUACCAUGGAAGGACAUUCAAACCGAUGGUAUCUUUCCUGCUACACUUGAAGUUUUGGAGCCUCCUGAUACCCGCUCUCAGCAGUCAAGCUUUAGAAAAAUCAAUCCUAGAAAGGAAGUGCAGCAAAAAUCUUUGUCCGAACAACGGCUGAGUAGUCCUGACCAGCAAGAGACAGCAGGACAAGACAUGGAUGUAGAAAAAGAGAAAGAGGAAGUAAGCGGCCUUUUUACCUGCCCAGAAGAUGAGUGUAUUCAGACAUUCCAGCGAUCCUCAAGUUUGCAAGCACAUUUAGACGAAGGAAAGCACAAGCGCGCGCUAGAAAAAGAAACACUGUUUGACAAAGCCAGAAAAGGAUACGCUGCGAGAAUAACUGGAGAGCAAACGAAAGUUCCAACUUUUGGUUUCUACGCGGCAUCAAAAAUCUCAGUUGAUAAACUACACUCCACACUUGAGAUGGGAUGGGCUCUUAAAACAACAAGGAGUAGAACCCAGUUUACAGAAGAACAAAGAAAGUUCCUCACAGAACAGUUUCUCAUCGGGGAGGAGUGUGGUAAAAAGGCAGAUCCACAACAGGUAUCGCAAGAAAUGCGAAGAGUGAGGGACGAAAAGGCUGCUCGUAUUUUCAGUGGAAAGGAUAUUCUUUCGCCACAGCAGGUGGCAGGAUUCUUCUCAAGACUGGCAGCAAGGAUUCGAAAAACGUCAGCAACAUCGAACGAAGAAAGUGGAAGUGAAGACGAAGAGCAGUGUGCAGUCGAGGCAGAGGCCUUACAUUCGCACCUAAAGGAAGUUGUCAGCGAAGAAAUUGCUUUACGUCACCCCAUUGUCGCCCUUUCCCGUAACAUUUGCAGUUUGGUUCAUACAAAGAAAUUAUCUACCUUAACAGUUGCAGUGCUAAGGGACAUUUGUGAAGAUAUUGGCUUAAACGUGGAUGAUAUCACGGAGAAACGAAAAAAGCCACUUAUAAGUCGUAUUACGCAGGUCGUUAAGGAGUGCUCUUGUGCUCGAGUGUAA